GGGGGCGGACAAAUGUGGCGACGACAGUUCCGUGUUGUGUUUACCUCACAGACGAAUAGACUCUUGAGAUGGUAAUAAUGCCAUAGGGACGAAGGUCUCAAAACAAGGCCAGGGGGCGUGGCUUAGCGGAUAGUUAGGGAAAGGGGAGGGGCUAGGGCCAGCCUUGCCUAGGCCUCGAAGGCAAGGAGGCGGGGCUUAGCCAUAGAGGCGGAGCCAGAGCCUCGUUCUUCCCCAUAGGUCUUAAUACAGGGGGCGGAGCCAGGAGCUUCCAGGCCUGAAGAGAGCCGCAAGGGGGCGUGGCCGGGGCGGGGCGAGGAAGGGAGGCUUCCCUGCCCUCCUGCCAGCCUGCCUGUCUUCCGAGAGCCAUGAAGAGCCCCAGAGAAGAGGAAGAGGAAGACGAGGAGGAGGAGGAGGAAGAUGAUGAUGCCCAGGCCCCGCCCACAGCAGUCGGAAUUGUACAGCUGAAUGUUCCGGUCCUCCAGCAGCUCUACCACUGGGACUGCGGCCUGGCCUGCUCCAGGAUGGUCCUCAAAUACUUGAACCUCCUCGAUGACGCCGAGUUCCAGCGGGCCGUCCAGGAGCUGGGCCUGACCAAGAGCAUCUGGACCAUCGACUUGGCUUACCUCAUGCGCCACUUUGGGGUCCGCCACCGCUUCUGCACCCAGACCCUCGGCGUGGACAAGGGCUACAAGAACCAGUCUUUCUAUAGGAAGCACUUUGACACGGAGGAGAACCGCGUCAACCAGCUUUUUCUUCAGGCCAAAACCUUCAAAGUGCUGGUGGAGAAAUGCACGGUGACCAUGGGGGAGAUUGAGGCGCACCUCUCGGGGGGCCACACGGCCAUUGUGCUGGUCAACGCGGUGCUGCUGGCGUGCGACGUGUGCUCGGGGCCCGUCAAGUUCUGCUGCUUCCUCCCCAUUGGGCAGAAGUGCUUCUGCCGCCGCCCCGACUACCAGGGCCACUUUGUGGUCCUCUGCGGCUACAACAAGGCCUCCGGGAGCCUCUACUACAACAACCCUGCCUACGCCGACCGGACGUGCUGCACCAGCGUGGGCAACUUUGAGGAGGCCCGAACCAGCUACGGGACAGACGAGGACAUCCUCUUUGUCUACAAAGGCAGCUGACACGAGGCCCCUCCCUCCCUCCCUCCCUCCCUCCCUCCCUCCUUCCGCCUGGCCCCCCUUCCGGUGCUUUCUCUUCUCAGGACGCUCCUCGCACUCCGCUCUCCCUCGUGCGACACCAGGACCCACAAUACAAGGAAAAGAAUCAAGACUCGUACCAACGUCUUCAACGCCCAGAUUGAUCGAUCAAGAGAUAGAUAGAUAGACUCAUUAAAAUGGGAUCGGCGCUCUGUCAGAACGUUCUGGAAUCGCUCACACUUCCCGCCAAAAAUGAAAAAAGAGAUGAUGUUCAGAGUGUCAAUGUUUGUGAAAAAAAUGGGAAUAUAUUAUUAUCUUUGUGUGGAAAUUUUGGGACAAAUCGAUUGAUGAGAGAACAUUGCUUUUUGAGAAAUUAAAUCAAUUGAUUUAGACAACCAUCUGAUUGCUUUUAUGAUCUUGUUCGAGGCCAAUUCUUCAAAACGAAUCCAUCAAUUAGAGAGCUAUCCUACUGCUUUUUUGUGGCAUUAAAACACACAUUUUAGAGUUCCACUGAAUGGCGACUUCAGCUCCACAGAAUGGCAAAUUAUUUUGUAUUAUAUUAUUUUUCUUCAAAGGGCAAUUAAUUCACUUGCUUGCAUACAAUGUUAUAUAUAUAUUAUAUAUAUAUAAAUUUCACAUCAGGAAUAUUUUUUAAACUGUUGACGGAUGAAAGUAACCAAAUUGAUUUUCAAAGGUAAAAAUCUGAAUUAAUUUUCAAAGCUAAAAAGCCAAAUUAAUUUCCAAAGGGGAAAAAAAUCUAAAUUAAUUUCUGAAGGAUUUUUUAAGGAAACAAAAUACAAAUAAAUUUUUGAAGGAAAUUGUCCAAAUUAAUUUUUGUAAAUUAAUUUUGAAGGAAAAAAUAUUUUUGAAGGAACCGAUCGGAAUGAGUUUUCAAAGGAAACUGUUGGCAUUAAUGUAUUAAUGUAUCUUAUAGUGAAGAUAGUAGAUCCAAACAAAUGGAGAAUGUUCUUCUGCUGAGAAUAAAAAUGAAUGCAUAUUGUUCCAUUUGGAGAAAUAAUGUUUCCUUCAUUCUUAUUAUUCGUGGAGGAAAAAAAUAUCCUGAAGCCAUAACUAUCUCGUUUUCAAUGGAAUAUUCCAGAAGAAACGGGAAAAAAGGGAUUAUUUUACAAACAGAACAUUUUAUAUUCAGAGGAGAAAAAUAUAUUUUGUUUGUUAAAUCGCAGUUGACACUAAUGAUAAAAUAAAAGGUUUUAAGUUGUUUUCAAUGCAA